CCGAACCCAAAUCACCGAUUCGUGUUUAUGACGACUGCAGCGCCAGAGCGCCAUCAAUUUUCAGCGACAAACAAAUUCUAAAAACCGCUGCACGCCCACUUUUUGGUCCAUGCCAUGCUGGUUUAUUUACCUUGUCGAGGAGUGCAGAACAAAAAUAUUUUGGCGCCUAUGGUCAAGGCAGGCACUUUGCCGCUAAGACUUUUAGCCCUUCGGUAUGGUGCGGAUCUCGUUUAUUGCGAAGAAUUGAUUGACUGGAAAUUACUGCGUUCCGUUCGAAGAGAAAAUGCUUUACUUGGAACUGUUGACUUUAUUGACGAAUCUGACGGAUCUGUAGUCUUCAGGACGUGUGACAGUGAAAAAAGCAGGGUGGUUCUCCAGCUAGGAACUUGCAAUGCAGACAGAGCCCUGCAAGUGGCCAAGAAAUUAGAAAAUGACGUUGCCGCAAUCGAUAUAAACAUGGGCUGUCCAAAGGAAUUUUCCCUCAAAGGCGGAAUGGGAGCAGCCCUGUUGACACAACCAGAGAAGGUCAAGAACAUCAUCACCACUCUUGUAAAAGGGUGCACGUUACCCAUCACGGCUAAAAUCAGGCUUCUCCCUAAACCUGAGGACACAUUGGCAUUUUGUAAAAUGCUUCAGGCUUGCGGAGUUGCAGCCAUCGGAGUUCACGGUCGCACAAAGGAGCAAAGGCCAAGACAUGCUAACAAUAAUGAAGCAAUUGCAGCUCUGGCCAAAGAACUUGACGUACCUGUUAUCGCAAAUGGUGGAUCAAAAGAAAUUGAAACACACGAAGACAUUGACAAAUUUCGUGUCGCUUGCGGUGUCAACAGCGUAAUGUUGGCCAGGGUGGCACUCUGGAAUGUGUCUAUAUUCCGAAAGGAAGGUGCACUGCCUUUGGACGAGGUCAUCGUCGAGUACCUCAAACUAGCCGUCCAAUAUGACAGCAGCGUGGGAAACACCAAGUACUGUGUGCAGUCAAUGUUACGGGAACUGCAAGAAUCUCCGAGAGGGAAGCUUUUUUUAGCUGCUCAGAGUGUCCAGGGCAUUUGCUCUCUGUGGGGUUUAGGCGAUUUCUGCAGCAAAAUGCAAGAGGAGCGUCGAAAUGCAUGUAAUGGUGUCGGUGAGGAAAAACCUGAGACCAUCGAAGGCGAGAGAAUGGCCAAGAGGAGAAAGCAUGAGCACAUUGAAGUUGUCAGUAGUGAUGUCACUGCUUUGCCCGUUGUUUUCCAACGAGGAAUUUAUGUUAACAGGGAUGCAGAAUUGCCCAAAACUCGCCUCUUAAUGUGGUCUCGACAGAACAAUUUUAAGCAACCUGUUUACACCACCACUCAGGUGGAGAAACUUUUUUGUUCUGUGAUAGAGGUUGAUAAUGUUAAAUAUUCCUCAUCUUAUUGGGAGAAGAACAAGCGCUUCGCAGAACAAGGAGCAGCCCUGGCUGCAUUGAUCAUUUUGGGAUUGGAGCCCAAGGAAAAGGCCCUUAAGGAUGGCAGCCUGCUCUCUUCAGACUGAUUGUUAUCUUUAAACAAAGCUCAGGUGAUUUAAAAUAACACAAUUUUUUUAAUAAUGCAACAUAAA